UGAUGAACAAUCGAUCUUGAAUCAAUUUUCUGUGGGAAUUAUAACUAAAUACCUCUGAUAAAAUGCUGAUAUUUUUGACCCCAUAGAUUUUUGUGCUUUCAUUCUCAUCCCCAUGAUACCUGGGCAUUACAGAAGGAGAGACAGACUUGGAUAGCAAAGCGAUAGGACUACCGACUCUGGGAAUGGAAGAGAGUGAGUUGAGAUGGUUAUUUACUCGGCUAGCAACGAGAGACGCUACUGAACGUUCCCUGGCGUUGGCCGAAAUAGAAGUUACCGGUGGCGAACUAGUGCCCAAUGGAUCGCCGAAUGGCACAGGGGACGGUAUGCGAAUCGGCAGUAACGAUCACUGUGCCGAUGGAACGCUUAUUGAAUCAGCACUGAGCAAGAAUGUGACUUCCACCCGCUUCCUAGCUCACAUCUUGCGGCUGGCUAUCCAGUGCCCCUUCAGUGAUGUUAGGGAGCGAUGUAAAGCAGUACUGCAAGGAGUGAAGGAGCAAGGAGGGAAAAUUCCACGACAGUGUGGCACCGGACCUAGCUCGUUCAUUCCAAACUCAGAGAUACAAGGAGUUGAGAAUGGAGCGGAUGAACAGGUGCGGGAGAUCUUCACAGAUGUAUUUGUACAAAGCCAAAGAUUGGACCACCUGACGGCGGUGAUGGGCCUACACCCGCAGUACCUAGCUGCCUUCUGCCGCACUCAAGACUUCAUGCUGCGAGGGAAUGGACCACUUCCCUACGACUACAGGAAUUACAUUGCCAUUCUGACAGCUGCUCGUCACAGAUGCUCGUACGUGAUGGGAUUACAAGAGAGCGAGUUCUUGUCGCAGGGCGGAGAUCGGGAGUGGCUGCAGGGGCUGGAGCAUGUACCUCCUAAAAUCCAAGACCUCUACGAGCUCAUCAAACUCCUUUCACAUCGGCCGUGGCUCAUCACACAAGAAUUAAUAGAGAAAUUACUGAAAGGUCCCCACAAUUGGACGUUAUCGGAACUAGUCCAAGCGUGUGUCCUCAUCUCCCACUUCACAUCACUACCAAGCUUCAUCUACGGCUGCGGCAUCAACCCUGAAAUCGACAUGGACGGAGGUCACACGCUGAGACCGCCCUCUCUGACGGACGAGUCCGGUCUUUCAAAUAACAAUAAGCCAAAUGAGGAGUCAGCUGGAGGGAAUGUAGAGGAGCUGGUUCAGAAGAUGAAGAACAUUGAGAAGCAGAGCGAUACAGAGGACUCUCAAGAGGAGAAAGUCAAGAAGUUUGAGAAAGUCAGGGAACAGAGCGGCAAAUUACUGCCAAGGAGUCCUGGUUCAUGCGGGGAGAGGGAGGACAUCACGCCAUUUGUCCAGGAUCCCAGCUUCCUCUACGAGGACUUUGCCAGACGGGGGGAGAACUCCCAGUUCCAGACCUUCCGGGCCCAGGACUACACCUGGGAGGACCAGGGCUAUUCGCUGGUCAAUAGGUACUAUCCAGAUGUCAGUCAACUCAUGGAUGACAAGCUCGGUGUGGCUUACAACAUGACCUACAACACAAUGGGCCAUAAAAAGCAAGUGGACACAUCGUUGCUGAGGCGAGCCAUCUGGAAUUACAUCCAUUCGUUGUAUGGCAUACGGCACGACGACUACGACUACGGAGAGAUCAACGAACUGCUCGAUAGGCAACUAAAGACGUACAUCAAGACGAUCGCUUGCUAUCCAGAUCGUACCACCAAACAUGAUUACGACAGCUUCUGGCUUGAUUUCAAGCACUCAGAGAAGGUCCAUGUCAACGUGAUGGUGUUAGAAGCCAGAAUACAGGCCAGUCUACUCUACUGCUUACGAGCCAUCAUGAGAUACAUGACAUGACCUUCUGACCUCCUUGAGGUCAACAGCAGCUAUAGGUCAGAUACAUCUCUGAAGUUUUCUUCAUGAUGCUCUGUACAGUGCAAAGUACCGAACAAUUUGCAUAAAUAUUUCUUGUAUCAUUUGAUGCUGUCCGUCCCGUACUCAUGCCGUGCCCCUGCAACUCUCGCUGUCGUACUCCCGCUUGUCUUUAUGCCAGUGUAGGCAACGCUCGAGGACCACUAUCUGCUCUCUCCUGUGUGUAUGAGCCUGUAUAGAAAACAAACGUGUGCCCUGAACAAAUUUUUGUAGCGGUGCUUUUCCUGUAUAUCAAGUCUCAUGAUGUGUGUAGGAUACCGAUGUACUGGAGUGCUCGAGAACGCUUUGAUCAGAGAGUGACUUGGUGAGAACUUGGCAAUAACUUGUGAUGGGCGCGGUGCUGUAUUGAAUUGGCCAUGCCUGGCAACGAUUGCUGAUGUGUACUCAAAACACAAUGGAAAGUAGUGUGCUUAAUGCUGCAUGGGAGGUCGAGAUGGUUUUGUGAAGAGCAGGAAUUGAACUGAUGGGUGUUCACUGUCUGUAGUAAUCACUCCAUUAUCAAUAUACAUGUAGUCUUGUGGGUGAUAAUAACCGUUAAAAAGUUACAAUAUAUGGGCAUGUAGUUGGUGCCCCACCUCUUAAAUGAUUAGACUACUUUUCGCAAUCACUAAAUUCAUUUUCAACCCAGCUUUGUGCAAAACUUACCUUUUACUAUCCAUCCUGUGUCAGCUCUUAUCAUGUUGAUUAUUGCACAUAGAAAAAAAAAUCUUCAAAUUUGCUAUAUUUGCCAGAAUUAGGUGUCAUUUCCAAAACGUUUUGGAAUCCCAUAACCCAAUAAAAUUCUAUGUAUGUGGACAUACAUUUGUAUGCAUGAUGUUGCUGAUGGUUAUCAAAGUUUCUUAUUAGCUUAAUGCAUUUCUAUUGCUGCUCUUUUCCCAACUGUCAAACCAAAUGAAAGUCGCUGACUAAGUUCUGCAUCUGUUUAGCAUUAUGUAUGUAUAUAUGGCAUUGUCGCUAUUAAGUGUGCACAUCGACCGGGCUGUGAAAGGCAACCAAAUGGAGCUUUAGAGAGACUGAAGAAGAAGAGAACUUUGUACAUAAUAUGUUUGUACUGUUACGGCUUUGUUAUAUGGAAUUUAAUAUCUUUUGCAGUAUUUAAAGGUUUUUAUGAAACAGUUUUUUAGAAGUAUUUUGAUAUUAUCACAAGUUACAAGUUCAACAAGUUCAAAAAAUUAAGAAAAAGGAUCAAAGAAGUGCUUUCAUCAACAAACAAAAAAUCAAAUCAAAUCAAAAGUCAAACAGUGCUGAUGAAUUUUUGAUACUAGCCCUUUUUCUGGCUUGCAUAGCGUUUAUGAUUAGUAAAAUCACCACAAUGCAAACUGUCAGGAAAAAGCGAGUGUAGUGGUAUUUAAUCUGUUAAAUAUAUUAAGAAGUUGCUUGAGAGAUACGAGCGGAUGUAAUACCGGCCACCAUAUCUGUAUACCAAAGAAUUCGAGGGCGAGCUAGUGAAUGCAGUCAGACCAUCAAUUCUCUGUCUAACCCUGCACUCAGUCUCACCCCAGCUGCAUGUACAGUACAUUUCUAACUCUUAUGAAGAAGCAGAAGGCAGCUGAUACAAAGACUAUAUUGCGCAUGCUGCAACAGUUUGGUGAAGUGGAGGAGGAUUGGACCUGCAAGUAUUACAAUGUUCAAUUUGUAAGUCCUGCCAAACUUGGCUCAGCCAGGGUUUCUUGUGGACUUCAUAUCCUGUUACUUGUAGUGCACAAUGUGGAGAAGGGUCAUAGAGGUCACGGAAAGGUCCCGGAAAGGUCAUUGGGGUCAAAGAGGACAUCUUGGUUCUGACUGCAUAUCAUUUCUACAUUGGGAUGAUGAAAUGUAUACUACUCUUCAUUUUUAAUUUAUUUCUUUAGUUAUUUUUUAUUUAUAUCAUCAUGAAUUCAUGUGAUCUAUGUAAUGGUCAAUUAAAAUUGAAACUAUUGGCUAUUCAUUGAUCGGGCAGGGUAUUGAAAAGUUAGGAAAUAUGCAUACCGUUUUGUAUUUGGCAGACGGGAAUUUGUCACAUAUCUAUUGUGCUUCAUUUUUUUAUUGCUUCAGUAUUAACGUAACAUUACUUUUAUAACUUGGAAGAUGUACUGACCUAAAUAUGUUGCAUAGAUGUACCGUAGUCAAGUACCAUCGAAAUUUAGAUUUUUUUUCUUCUCAAAAGGCACAUCCAUUGUUCAGGCAUCUGAUUGCCCUCCCCCCCCCCCCCCCCCCCCCCCGAUCUGCUGGGCAGAUUGUCUGUAACUCUGUACAGAACCAGGCCAGAAGGAUGUUUAGUUUGUGUUAAAGUACUGUCUGAUGGUCCAUUGCGGCCGCCAAAGAGAAAUAGGAAAACUGGCCAAUAUAGACAGGUUGCUUUUUCUAGAGAGAAGGCUGCUAAGACAGGUUUGACUGUAUAAGAGUUUAAACCAUACUGGCUCCAAAAAGACAAGAUGUGUUUGUUUCGUAGGAUAGCGUCUAUCCUCUAGUGAACAAAGUCUUGCAUCAUUAUGAGCUUUCCAAGGUAUAAAAACUAAACCCAUUGUUUGCAAACAUUUAACCUUCAGUAUUUGACACUAACGGGCAUUGCCAUUGAAAGUCAUGUAUCAUUUGAUAUGAGCGCGCUGUAAAACUAUUAAAGCAUCUUUCAUCACUUCUCAAGAGAAAACUGUAUAUUCAUGUUUAUACUUGCAAACUGGUCACCCCUUUUUGUACAGGCCGUAUUUUUAAGUAACAAAGUAAAAUACAAUACCUGUACAUUUUACAUGGUUCACCAGGCCCUAAUAGUCUUCACUUUACAGUCUGAUGCUUGGCGACUGAGUUCAGGAUUGAGGUUUGUUCGUUAAUAGGGGGACAGUUCACACAUUUCAUGUCCAUGUACUCGGUUGCUGCUAAAUUGUGCCAAUUGUUACUCGUGUGCAACCCCUUUUUCGCGUGAAGGUGUGCAUUAAUAAUGCUGGGAUCCCUUGUGAAAGUGAUCUUGUUCGCUUGCCCUAUAUUUGUUUAUUGAGCUUACGCUUUAUAUGAUGAUCAUCAUUAUUGAUAUUAUGUGUGUACAACUGUACAUUGUAUAUGCCAAAAAUUGUGUUAACUUAUGGUACUUCGUAAGUUGUUUGUAAUGGAUAUUGAGUGUAGAAAUAUUUAGUGAAGAAGUCUUGGACAUUCUCUUCUUGUGCCCCCUCCCUCCCCUCCCUCCCCUCCCCCUUCUUUAUAUAAUAUACAUGUAAAUGAAAAAUACAAUGUUAUGGGCAUGAAAUAGACGAUAGCAAUCCCCAUACCUCACUACACUUUCAUCAUUCUGUACUGUCAAAAUACUGUCACGUUAGUUCUUCCACAAAGUUAUAAGUAAAGUAAAAUACCGUUGAAUCAAUAUAAACAUUGUGUGUGCAGUCUGCUAUGUACAAUGUUUUCGGCUGUGUUUGUCUUUUUACCGUGAUGAAUGCCUUUGUCCUUUUUUUAAAUGAGAAGAGACGAUGGUAUUGCCACUGUACAUUAGAUAUAAGAAACCAGACUUCAUGCAUGUACUUACAAAUACUUUUUUGAAUAUAUAUAUAUAUAUAUAUUUGCCAACAGUGGAAAAUAUUUCAUUACUGAAUAAUAACAUGAUUUUGUGUAUAACAAUUAAACCACUUCAAAAUACAGUCAAACUUGUUUUAUUGGCCACCUCUCCAGAAAUGCCACAUUACUAUUGGUCACUCAAAUUGCUCUCUGUAGCAGGAGCUUUGUAUAUUGAAGAACCUGGCUAUAAAGGUCACCUGUCAACAGUGGCCACUUAUUAUGUUUCCAUUGGGUGGCCUUAAUAGACAAGUUUGACUGUAUCUUCAUUUUCAUGUAAGCUAAACACUGCCUCAAAAUCCAUGAUGAUAAUUGUUGAUUCUAUGUUUGUCAAACUCAUCUUGAUUCCAAAUACACUGUUUACACCGUAAUUAUCUGGGCAUAGCCCAUCUGCCUUUUAAGGCAUAUAUCUGUAUUAGUGAUUGAAUACACAGUUAAAGUUAUUCCUAUUUGUAGAUGCACUGAUUGUAUGUUUAUUUUCAUUUCAAGCUCUCAUAUGCAAGCUCCUAUCAGAGUCUCAAUCAGUAAUAAAGUUGGGUAUUGACAAGUGGCCCUUACAUACAUUUGGAAGUGGAUUCUUAAGUAGGCUGGGGUGUAUGACAAUGUCACAAUUCAGCUUCACAAUAUAACAAAAGGAUGACCCAUUACUAGGAAAUCUUAGACAACUUUAUUUUGUAAUUUGUUACAGCCGAUAAAUACCUUUUGAUAAUACCAAAUCAGGAGCGAUCUUAGGACUCUUUUUCUCCUUUAGAAGGAUAGGGAUGAAAGCAGCUGAAGUAAUUUCACCAUUGUUAACAAAGUAUAUCAAAAUAUACAUGUAUAUGUUUGCUGCAAAAAUCCUUCUGCACAUUGUAUAUGAAGUAAUGUAUGGUGCCAAAUUGCUGUAUCUUGAUCGUUGUAGAACGUUGCCUAAUUACUAUGGCAUCUCCUUUUCUUCUCCGCCAUUGAAUAUUUUCAAAAUUUUGUCCCAGUUGCCUUCUCCUUGCACAUCUCAUAGUUAGUCUGUGUUGUGUUUUUGGAUUUGAUCUGUAGUGGUGAUAAGUAUGGUAAAUUUGAUCGAGGAUUCCUAAAGGAAAGAAAAAGGGGGAAAUAGGAUUGGAGUAACCUAGAGAGGGACUCAUUGGCCAAUCCUCUCCCAAUUUUUAAAUGCAAAUCCCCCCUCUCCCCCUUUUCCACCCCACCCCACCCCACCCCACCCCACAUGCACCUGGCUGUUAGACAGGGAACAAUUUGUGAGUGUCCAAUGUUAUUUGAAGAUCAUUUGCACCAGACAGCAAUUGAAAAUGAUUUAAUUUGAAUUACUGAAUAAUGUCCUCAUUUGCAAGAUAAAAGGUCAUGUCAUGUACCAUAUGUCAUAGAUAUUAGGUCAUAGUUCAUAAUAUCGUAGAAAUUGGAAACGGGUGCUUAACAAUAAGGUAUCAAUAGAACACAGCUCAACACAAUUGGCUAACUGGGGUUAGGGUCUUAAACUGUGGAGCAAAGUUUAAAAUGUUUAAAAUUCUCUGUAGGGGCUGUGAAUGAAAAGUUCUCAUGAGACACAAACUUCUAGACAUAUAGGUUUGCUUACGGUAGCUUUUAUAUGUAAUUUAAAACAUUCACAAUUGGUUUCCUGUUCUUUCUCUUUGAUUUUCUAUGCAUGAACUUCUACUUUUUUUUUAUGGUGCAGAUGAAUCUGAACGAUAAUAUUGUUUAUUCCUUUCUGUAAGUCUCUCUGUUUCCAUGAUAGAACACAUAGAAGUAAUUUACAAUGCCAGGGCCCAGUUUCAUAAAACAUGUUAUCAAUAACAAGUUACAGUAACUGUUAUAAGCUACUGAAAUCGUGGAUGUCCUUAUUUGUCAAAAUAAUGUACCUAAUUUAUAUACAAAUCAAUCAUACCAAAUAUAUGUAACUCUCGUAUCCCUGGUUAAAGGCAAUGUUAUGUAUGAAGCUCAGCCAUGUUUGAUGGAUAACAAGGUUUAUUCUGAAGGAAUGGAAAAUAGUGGUAAUGACCUGGUCAUUAAAAUGUUAUGCUAGUAAUCCCUUUGACAAGCUUUUUCAUGUAUUGAUAAUUGUAGAAAGAAGUAUGUGUAUGUAUAGAUAGGAACCAGUAUGGGAGGGGGGGGGGGGGGGGGGAAUGCAAGUUCAAACCUUGGCUGUGAAUGUUCAAUUUGAUGUUGGUACAGACUGUCAUGCAUACUUUGUUUUCCUAUAUGAAUCUGUUCCCUCCGUCCACUCUACAGAUAAUGAUGCCCUUGCGUGGCUCUCCAACCUUGAUAAGUCGCUUUAGAUACAAAAUGUCAUACAAAAGAAGAAGACUCUACUGUAUGAGGUGUAUUUCGUAAUGAAAGGACAUGACUUUGAGUUGAUGUCAUCUGUUGAGACCCAAAAGGGUGUUAACUACAUACAAAAGUAUAUGGGUUAACACCCUUCUGGCUCCGAACAGACGGUACCGCAAACAGACGAUACUAUCAUUGUAGGUUUUCUAUCUACUCAUGUCCACAUCACCCAAAUCAUACAGUGGUUUAUAGCCCCAUAAUAGGUCCUUUCCUUUUCCCUGACAUUGUAAUUACACAGGCUGCAUCAAGGCAAUGGCCAGAUACACCCAGUAUACCCUGGUGUUUGAUUGUACUUGUAAUUUCAACUUAGUACCAAAAACACAUCCCCCAAUCAAAUCCAUGUUCCCUUUUACAGUGUACAUGGUCAUCCCUUGUGCUUGGUUUAGUUAAAUCGUUUCCUUUAAUGUAUUACUUACAACAAAAUAAUUGGACAUUCACAUGAAAUUGUGGGCAUUAGUUAAAUGUGGACAAUUAAUCUUUAAUUUAGGCUGUUACGGUUGGUACACUGAUGUUUUGUUUUUUCUUAUAUAAAGAUGAUUGUGAACUUUAGAGAUACAUACAUAUCUAUGUACUUGUUUUGAAGUUAGUCAUCCCAUAGUGGGCAGGGUUGGCUCAUUUUCCCUUUUGCCACAAGUACAUGCAAUACAUGUAUAGCUCCUAUCAGCUAUAAUUGGGCAAACAUUAUGUUUGCCCCCCCCCCCUCUCCCCCAUCUCAGUCUACACAUAUAUAUCUGCAAAGUUGCCUUGCUUUGCAACGGAAGCAAGAUAUUUUAUUUCUUUCUGCAAGACCUUAGAAUCAUACUGGCUUCUCUAGCAUUCAUGUUGUUCAUUUUACAUAUUUUUCAAGCUUUGCAAGUAUCCCGUAACUCAUUGGGGAGAUUUUGAGAUUAUUCCCUUCAGAUAUUAUGCGGGCUAAAAUCUGUUGUAAUUGUCAAAAUAAACAUAGACUUCUUCUCCCGUUAGGUGUUCAAGUUCAGGCCAUUUGAAACUCCUAUUGAUAUAGAUAUUUGAUGUGUUUCAUGUUUGACAAUCAUACUUUGAGUUGAUAAAGUGGUUGCCCAUUAAUGAGAUGUAAUGGUAACUAAAUGACUUGUGAUCUAGUUAUUAUAUUUAUCUGAAUAUAUUUUUUCCAUGAUAUGAACUUUUUGUUUUGUUCUUUUUGAAAUCCAAAGACAUUAAAAGUAUUUACUUCAUGGUGACUAAAUUAAA